AUGUCAACUAUCGAGGAUGUCCCCGCCGCUCCUAAGAUCGAACACUUUGAGGAGGAAUCCUUCUCGGAAUCCUCUCCCGAUCCCGAGGAGCAGAGUUUGACUCAAGAACCUGCACAGGUGCAGAAGCGGAAGGGAGGGCGCAAGCCGAUUUACGCGACAUCGGAAGAACGAAAGCAACGAAAUCGCCAAGCUCAGGCAGCUUUUAGGGAACGCCGAACAGAAUACAUCAAGCAAUUGGAGACGACGAUCAAACAGCAUGAGGAAGCCCUUCAAAGUCUACAACAAAAUCAUAGAGCAGCAGCGGACGAGUGCUUGAUGCUUCGAUACAAGAAUUCCCUCCUCGAACGCAUACUGCUUGAGAAAAAAAUCGAUGUGCAGGCUGAGCUGAAGUCUAAAGCUGAAGGCGCCACGGUUGUGCAACUUCCAACUCAGCCAUUGGGGGGCCCGCAGCCGACUCCGGUUCAGCGAGCUCUUCUGAAUCGGCUAGGGCAGGUCCGACGCUCAACAUCUGGAUCUUCGUCUCGAGCAUUAAGGCCCCACUCUUCCAAAUCUUCUUCGGUCCUGUCUCCUCGGCUUCAGCCAUCGCAGCAUUCGCAGAUUGUAUCAGCAGUCACGACAAAAUCUCCGAUUGGCAUAGCGAAAGGUGGGAUGAUCUCACCUAGCGUCGAUAUGAAAGCUCAGCAACCACAACAGCCGCCGCCGCCGCCUGAGUCUCAAGCAUACCCUCAGCAACAGCCGUCAAGGCUAAGCAUACCAACAAGUCGAUCAUCGAUGCAAGGUACGACGCCAAGCACGGCAGAUACAAGUCGUAGCAGUGAGAUGGGUAGUACAGCUGGGACGCAAACAAGCUUCUAUCCAUCUCCAUUCCAAGCUCAUAUAGAGCAACUCGGCAAGCUGUCCCGCCCCCUCCUUUCCGUAAUAUAA